AUUCUAAUACUCAGACCAUCUCUGCAAACAAGAAGGAAAGGAAACUAAUAGGAGUCAAUGAUAUCUUACGAUGGGUAAAAUUUGCUAACGUUUGUUACACGUUGCCAAUGUCAGCUUGGCUUACUAUUUACCUUAUUUGAGAUUAUAUACAAUUACAAUUUGAUUUAAAUUGAUGAAAACACUCUGGCUUCAUAUUUGCCUAAUUUGAGAGUACAGAAAAUGGCAGCUUGAUUAAAACUUUAAAAUCAUAAAACUGAGAUUAAAUGUAAUGUUAAAUUAGGUCUAACAGGUUGAUUUGACAAAAACUCAACCUUUUGCUAUUCACCUUGACAAAGUAACUGAACAGAUAAAAUACAAAGCUGGAGAUUUAUCAAAAUACUAAGAACUAACAACAUCAAAUUCUUCCGAAAUAUCGGCAAUAUUUUUGCAAGUUUAAUAAUGGAAACCUCUACAGCGGGAAGUGCUACAUUUGACGUAAUUCGCAAUUCAACAGUGAUGACAACUACGAUAAGAGCCCAUUCCAUCGAGGACUAUGUAGAAUACCAAAUAGGAAUCGCUUUGUGGAAGUAUAUGUCACCUGUCGUUAUCGUACUUGGAGUCAUUGGUAAUAUUCUAUCAUUUCUAGUCACGACAUUUACAAGUAUGAAGCAGGCCAACAUGUCCAUAUAUCUCUCCGCGUUGGCGGUAUUUGACACAGGAGCACUCAUUGUUGGUCUAGGCCAAGCGUGGAUUUUGCAUUUGUUCAAAUUUGAUAUUAGGGAGGCACAUGAAUGGGCCUGCAAGAUCCACGUGUUCUUCACCUAUUUAUUUAUUGACCUAUCCGUCUGGAUGUUGGUGAGCGUCACAAUUGAUAGAGUCAUCUUCGUGUACCUCCCAUUGAGAGCAAGAUCAAUAUGCACAAGAAGGAACGCCAUAAUUGUUAUCAACCUUAUUGUAUUGUUCAUGGUUGGCAUCAACUGCAAUUUGAUGUUUACACUUGGAGAACGGGGUAAUUUUAAUUGCUAUUAUUUGAAGGGGUUUGUAAAAUUUCACACUUUAUACUGGCCCUGGAUCCAGGCAUCAGUUUCCUCGCUUGUGCCAUUUGCCAUUUUGAUCGUUUGCAACAUGUUAAUCAUAAUCCAGUUGUUGAGAGUGAGGAACAACAGGAGAAAAAAACUAAACGUCUCCAAUUCGAACAAAGACGACAAAACACGAUCUAUGACAAUUAUGCUUGUGAUGAUAUCUGUAUUAUUUCUUUGUUUCACGGCUCCAAUCAGUGUCGACAUCAUCAUUAAACUAAGCAAACGGGCCAACACGGUUGAGCGGGCUCCAACUACAUUAGCUGAACAAGCACGAUCGGUUCUAUCUUCGGCUAUUGUACACAUGCUAAUGUAUCUUAACAGCGCUUUGAAUUUCGUUAUGUAUUGCCUGAGUGGAAAGAAAUUUCGGGAUUCCUUGAAAGAGUUAUUAUGUCGAAAGAAAACAAUCUGCGGAGGAUGUAUGAGGUUAAGUUCGAGUCAGGACGCAACAAACGCACAGAAAAAUGUUAGCAUCAUACCGCAGUCAAACCAAUCAAACUCGGAAAACUGGAAAGCCAAACUUAACUCAAGUUCUGGUGUAUCAACGGUUGACGAGGUCACAAAGUUCUAG